CCACAUAUUAAAAAAUUAGAUCAUUACAAAAUAUGUGAAAAAGAAAGAUGUUGGAUUAAUUAUUUUUUCAAGUAUUUACAUUAUUUUCUAUCAGCAUGACAACAUCAGAAAUAUUUUUGAACGGGAUUGAAAAAAUUACGUUUCAUUUCUAGAAAGCAAAUGACAUAUUAUAAUGUAUUAUUUCAUAAACAAUUAAACAUACAUUUGCGUUUAUUGAAAGAUAAAUAUAGGGAAUACAAAAAGGAAAUACUUUAUUUUAAAAACCAACUAUAUGCAAUUGAAAUUGAAAAGGUAUUUAAUACUCUAGUAUAAUUAACUUUUAUAUAUAGAAUAAUAAUAAUAUUAUUAUUAUUAAUUAUUUUCUAUUUGUUAUGUAGAAUAAUCAAAACAAUUUUAAGAUUGAAGCUUACAAUGAAGCACAAAAUAUAAUGCUACAAAUGAAAUUAAAUAAAAAGCAACUUAAAGAAAUUGAAGAAAAACUAAUCUUGCAAUCUAAAGUACAAUACCUAUUUUAAAAUUCUUUCUUUUUUUCAUUAUUUAAAGUAAAUUACUUGUUGUAAUUAAGUGGUAAUGUUAUUUAUAUGAUAGAUUUUGCAACAGCAAUUCCUAAUUAAUAUGAAUUAUUGUGGAAAUAUAAAUUUUGUUGAAUACAAUAUUGAUUCAGAAAACACAGUUAUUCAGUUAUGUAAACAAUUCCUGCAAGCAUCAUUGUGUUCAGUUAUGAAAGAGGGCAUAGGUAUAAUAGAUUUAAGAUUACAUAAAGUAACAAAAGUAAGCAAUAAAGAAAUUGAUCUAUUAAAUACUUGCAAAAAUAAAAAUUCACAAUUGGAUGAAUGCAGCAGCAUGAUUUUAAAAAUUUUAGCUUCGCCUGGAGUAACAGAUAUCCAAAAAUGGCCCUUUAACUAUUUUCAAACUGAUUUACUGAUUAAAGAAGAAAUAAUAGUAACUAAUUGCUUGGCAGCAGCAGACUGUGACUGGUUAAAUAAAGUUUUUUCAAUAAAGAAAAAUAUGAAUAUCCUAAACUUUUGUAAUAUUUGCGAAAAACAACGUGUUUGUGUACUUAUACAAACGCCAAUUUUCAACUCUAUUGAAAAGUAAUAACAACAAUG